AUGGCAGACUCGUCGAAAGAGCCAGCGGGACCGCCACCGGAAUACGACAAGGCAACCUCCCGCCGAUCAAUGAUGCCUCCUGGACCUCGCAGGGGUCCUCGGCCUCUGGAGCUGCCCAUCCUCAGCUAUCUCAACUCGAAGCGAGUGAUACUCGCCUCUGCCUCCCCCAGAAGAAAGGCGCUGCUUCAGCAGGUCGGCCUGAGGAACCUCGAGAUCUUGCCGUCGACCAAGCCCGAGGAUCUGGACAAGACGGCCUACGGGCCUUACGAGUAUGUGGCCGCCACCGGGCGACGGAAGUGCCUGGACGUCUACAGCGCGGCGCUGGAGACGCACCUCAAGUCGAUACCGGAUCCCAGCCUGGUGAUUGCGGCCGACACCGUCAUCGUGACGCGCGACGGGCGCAUCCUCGAGAAGCCGCGUAACGAGGCCGAGCACCUGCGCAUGCUGCGCACCAUGCGCGAUACCAGGGUCCACAAGGUCCUCACGUCCGUCACCGUCGUCGCUCCGCGAGAGGACGCCCGGCACCCGGGCUACGACAUCGCCACCCACACCGAGGAGACCAAGGUGUAUUUCUGGGCAGAGGAUGACGGGCUCCCCGACGACGUCGUCGAGGCCUACGUCAAGACGCGCGAGGGAGCGGACAAGGCCGGCGGGUACGCUAUCCAGGGCAUCGGCGGUAUGCUGCUCGUCGAGAAGAUCGAGGGCAGCGUCGACAACGUCGUCGGCCUACCUGUCCGGAAGACUCUGGCCAUGGCCGAGAAGGUCAUCUUUCAGCAGGACGAGGAGGAGGUGGCAGACAGCAGAGCAGCAAUGCUAUCACCUCAGAAUCCAGAUGGGGGCGCUCCUGGUGGUGGCGGAGACGACAAGCCGCGACUGACCGAGGAAGAGAAGAAGCAGAAUCACAUAGCAUCUGAACAGAAGCGUCGCCAGGCAAUCAGGGAAGGAUUCGACCGUCUGACACAUCUCGUUCCCGGACUCGAGGGUCAAGGGCGCUCGGAGGGACUCGUGCUCAACAAGACGGUCGAAUUCAUGAGAGAAAAGAUGGAAGAGCGCCGCCAGAUGAUUGCUCGCAUUGAGGCGGCUGGAGGCACCGUCGAUGAGGAACUCAAGAAACCUCUGUAUAAUUACAAGCCGAGGGACGAGUCCGGCGGAAACGAGGGAUCCAGGGGGAACUAG